AUGCCUAUUUUUGAUAGAGUAAAGAUAAAUAUAAAGUGAAAAAAUUUUGCAGCCUUUAUUUUAUCUAAAGAGCUGAAAAUUCACAUAAAGUUAAUCAAUAUGUCCAUUCAUAGAGGUCACACCAAAACUAUAUCUCCGCUUCAUGAAAAAUCCCCGUAUAACUCACAAAUUUCUAUAUCAACCCGUUCUCAAAUCUUAAGUCCGCAUGAAGGCCGCUUGAAAUUGAAUCGUGCAAAAAGAUUUACAAGUUUGAUUAUAGGUGUUUUCCCUAUAUAGCCUGAUAAGGGCCGUGGAUUCUCUCCGUGGAAUCCCUCUUCUGGUCGGACCAGACAGUGAAUUGGUCAAACCAACGCACUGAGUUGGUUUGACCAAAAGAGGGAUUCCACGGAGAACCCACAGCCCUUAUCGGUUCAUAUAGAGAAAACCCCUAUAGCUUAAUAGAAGGCACACCUACUUCUCAGCUGGGCUCUGCGAAAAACAAAGAAAAAACUAAAAUUGAUAAACUAUUACAAAACUUAUUGACAACCAUGAACCCUCCAGCUGAAAAAAUUUCAAUGAAAGAUUUCCAUAAAACCGAUCAAGCCUAUAUGGAAGGCAAAACGAAAAUAAAAAACGAAGUGAGAAGAAGGCAGAAGCUAUUGACGAUCUCCAAAGCCGACUCACCUUUAAAAUUUGAAGAAUUAAAGAAAAGAGAUUUUGGAAAUGUGAACAUGCAGGUGAAAAAUCAAGAAUCAAGCAUUCAAGGAAUUUCUCCAGUUUCAAGCUUCAAGCUGCCAAACGAAAGCAGAGAUCUAGAUCUAGGAGAAAAAGCCUCGAGAUCAGAUCUCUGGAGCUCAAACAUCAACAGAAGCCAGUCAUUAAAGACCUUCACAAUGAAUUCAAAAAUUGGACAUAAAACAAUGCAUGCUGAGCAAAAAGAAAGUGCUGCGAUUUCUAAUACCUUCCAAGAAAGAGCAAUCGAGCAUAGGAUUAAGAUGGAAAGACUAAUAACGAAAGCGAAUAAAAGCAAGUUUCUUGCUUCGGCAAAGCAUUUUCAAGUGAUAUCUCCGAGCACCCUAAAAAUGUUUGGCCAAGAAAAGCCUCAUAGCCACUACAAGUAA